GAGCUAGUCUUGGUGCAGUCGUAAGUGGACUUACAUGAAAAUGCUGCUGAUCGUAUUUCUUUCACUUCUGAUGCUCAGACUGAGUCGUGAGUACACAAAAUGCUUUCUUAAGUCCUUUAUAUUUAUAUGUUGUAUUUUCAAACUGAGUAUUAUUCACCACAGAGCCCAAAUGAUCCUUUUUUUUAUACUGACAUUAUUUCUUUUUCUUCAGGUUGUACAGUUGAUGAGCGCUAUGAGACAAAGACAGUCAGAGUUGGAGAUGAUGUGACUUUGAAGUGUCCUCGCAAGACCUCUCGGUCUACAGCACAAUUAUUCUGGUUCAGGCUAGUUUCUGGAGAUUUACCUGAAUUUUUUAGAGGAAUGUAUGACUUUGACUAUGAAGUUGUUAACAAAACCCCUCACUUCACCACAAAACAAGAACCUGGAACAUUUGUCCUGAUUAUCAACAAAACACAGCUCAGAGAUACUGGACUUUACUUUUGUAUAAGACAAGAACAAUUAAAUGUUAAUCUUUUGAAGGGAAUAUUUCUGAGGAUUAAAGGUAAAUGAAAUAUACUUAGAACUUUUUCAUGGCCUGUUAAAAAUGUAAUCACACUGCCAUCAGCAGUUUCAUUGUUCCUCAUGAAUAUAGAAAUGAGAGUAGAUGUUUUACCAUGAAUCUAGAAAAAUGUCCAUUAAAAAAACUUUCUCUUUUUGUCUAAAAAAAAAUAAAAAUAAGGACCAGGACCUGAUAUCACUGCAAUCGCUCAAGACAUUUCACCUGAUCCAGAAGACUCAGAGACUCUGCAGUGUUCAGUCCUCCGUGACAAGAGCAGCAAAACCUGUCCAGAUAAACCCAGAGUGUUCUGGUUCAGAUCUGGAUCAGAUGAGUCCCGUCCCAGUGUCAUUUACACUCAUGGAAACAAAAGUGAUGGAUGUGAGGAGAGUCCAGAGACUCCCUCUCUGCAGAGAUGUGUCUACAGCUUUUCUAAGACCGUGAGCUCCUCUGAUGAUGGGACUGUCUACUGUGCUGUGGUCGCAUGUGGAGAGAUACUGUUUGGAAAUGGAACAAAGCUCACCUCUGAAGGUAACGGUACAGUAUCUUAUUUAAAUUAAUAAAAUAUAUGUGGAGAUAUUAUUUGUAGAAAGAAAAGAACCAAACUUUGUACGAGUCAAUGUUCAUGAUGUUAUUAACAUUAACAUCUAAUUUUUGUCUGUUUUUUGUACUUAGAUGAAACUUCUAAAUCAACGGGGCUGGUGAUAGCAGUUCUCUGUUUGGUGUUUUCUGUGAUUGUCAAUUUUGCUUUCAUCUGUUACAACACCACAAGAGCAAAAAGUGAACAACACAAAAGUAAGUGGUGAUGACUUUGUCUGAAAACAAAAAGUUUAAGGAGCCAUAAGAACCCAGAAGAGCAUACUUUUCCCUCAGAGUAUAAAUCUUAUAUUUAACGUCCUCAUAAAUGUUUAUUUUAAGAAGUAUAAGGAGAACUGAAAAUAUAUUCAACAGUUCUGAGUUAAAGUGACUUUAUCCUGACUGUAACUGAUGUAGUUUGUAUUUUAAACUCCAGCUGCUGUUUCCCUGCAAAGAAACCGUGUUUGUCAGAAAGAUCAACAGGUAAAUUAUUCAAAGGCAGCUUUCACUUCAGAUUUAAUGUUAUAAAAACAUUUUCUCUCACAUUGUCCUCCACAUUUCCUCAGGUAGAUGAGGACACACGGGUUUACUCUGCUGCUGUCUUCACCAUGAGGAGAGCCGACAGCGCUGCAGUGAAGAGAGGGAGGAUCAACGCCGCUCUGAAGGCGUUUGGGUUGGACUAGAGAGUUAUCUGCUUUCUAUCAGCCAAUACAAUCUGGAUGAAUCAAACCAAAGACAGUUUGGUUAUAUGAAGUUGUAUUGGCAAUCUCACAUUGUACACAAUAACAGUUUAUAAUGACUGUUUUUUUUCUGUUUCACAGCAGCUAAUUUGAUGCUUUUUUAAGAUCUAUUUUUCAACUUUAAGCCUUUAUUAGAAAAGACGCUUUAUUGAGAGUCUGACGGAUGACAUGCACCAAAUCUUGUCAGGACUGUGGACUCUGGACACGGAUUCCUGCUCUAAAAACUGACCUGAACCAGCCCCAUGCUUUCAUGUAUUUGUGUACAAAUAUUGAACUUGAUUUCUUUGAAUAAAUCAAUAAAAUUCA